AUGUGGGCCACUUUCCAGAAUCGUGGUGAGGGUUCGCUCUCCACGGACCUCCCUGAGGAAUUCCGACGGGACGUCGAUGAUGUGUUCGACGUGUUCAGCCGACUUCCCGAAGACUGGGUUGUAAAGUGCAAACUGAGGAGGGGUGUGCGUCGAGUCGUCAGCGCAGAGUUCCUCAGCUUUCUCGACACCGUGCAAGCAGACGAGACCCAUUUGUUCAGCCAUCACGUCGAUCAUCAGAGGGACCCUCAAUUGCUUUCUGAUUUGCAAGUGGUCUUCGCUGCGCACCUGCGAGCAAAGGCUAUGGUGCUUCUGGUCGGUCGUUUUCGGAAGCCGACUAUGCGCAUCAAGUUCCGCCCCGAUGGCAUCCUCUUCGUCCCUUCUGUCCAGCUGUCUCCACUGUGCCGAACCGAGAAGUCACCCUACAAUUACCUCGCCCAGCAUCGGCGUGCCGACGAGUCCGGAAGUGUCGGAGGGCGCACUUCGUUCAAAUCACAGGCGACACUUUGUAAGCAACUCCCGAGCCAGCCUUGUUUCGAGAUUGCGAGCACCAUCUGGGAAGACAAGAAGCCCGCGCAAGGGAGCCUCGACGCCGCGAAGAGGCAGAACAGCAUGUCUACCACCGCGGCCCUGCGGCAGCUGCAUUACCUCCGCGUCAAUUCACCCGUGUUCGGGCUCGUGUUCGCCGAGGGCCUCGUCCGCAUGCACGUGGACUGGUGGCGCGAGGACGACGGGAAAUUCCGCAUCGUAUCAGCCCCUUACACCGGCCCCGGCCCCAAACGUGGACCAGAGAGCCGCCCUCCUUACGAAUGGCGUCUCGACCAUCCUGCGGACAUCGUGAAGCUUUUCCUGGUCAUGCGCAAUCUCGAUGCCUGGACUGUCGGCGCGUUCUGCAAUCGUGUCACCCAGGGUAUCAAGGACCUCCACACGCACGUCAAACAAAGCAAAAAAGUGCCUACCGCGUGGCGUCGGCGCAGUGAGGCUGGGGUCACUACUCGACGUCAGUCCUGCGCGUCAUCGGUGGUCACGGAGGCUGGGGAGUCCAUUUCCAUUCUGUCGAGACCGCGGCGUCCAGCGAAGAAGCGCAGCGCGAAAUAA